AUGGGACUUAUAAAGUUUGCCCAGCAUCGUGGAAGAAGAGCCCCACAUGUUGAGGGCAGCAUCUAUAAGCAUGGACAGUGCAGCAUACACGAGGUGACUGCUGGGAGGAACACCGUGCUACAUGUGGCUGCGGCGCAAGGGCACCAUGAGCUGAUCCGGGAGCUGUGCCUCAGGUUCCGGGAUCAUCAGGGCCUGCUCUCUCGCCGGAACUUAGCGCUGGACACGCCGCUGCACUCCGCGGCAAGGGCUGGGCACGCCACGGCCGUCAAGAUGCUCGCCCAGCUGGCCCGGGACUGCGGCGAGAGCAUCCUGGGAUGCAAGAACGAGGCAGGGGACACGGCCCUGCUCCUGGCGGCGAGGCACGGGCAUGGCGCUGCGGUAGAGGCGCUUGUCAUGGAGGCGGCGGAGCUGGCGGCGGAGCUGAACAACGCAGGCGUGUCGGCGAUGUAUUUGGCGGUAAUCAGCGGGUCGUUGGAAGCUGUGAGAGCGAUUACGACAUGCCGGGCCGCGUCAUCUGCCGGGCCGAGCUCGCAGAAUGCUCUGCACGCUGCCGUUUUCCACAGCACAGAAAUGGUUGAGCUGCUACUGAAAUGGAGCCCGGAACUGGUGGACCAAGUCGACUCCAGUGGCAGCACCCCGCUCCACUUCGCGUCGUCCAACGGCGACCUCACCAUCGUGCGCGCAAUCCUGAGCACCGCGCCCCCGACGCGAACGAUGUAUAAGAAGGAUUCGGGCGGUCAGUCAGCUCUUCACGUCGCGGCGCGAAUGGGCCACGCCGGCAUAGUGGUGGAAAUGGUACGGAGAUGCCCCGACGCUAUCGAGCUCCGUGACGACGACGGCAGGACCUUCGUGCACACCGCGGCCAGGGAGAAGCGCUCCAACGUGGUGGCUCUAGCCACCACUACCGCCUUCCAGCGCGGCCACCUAGACACGCAGGAUAGGGACGGGAACACGCCGCUCCACCUCGCUGUGGCCGCGGGCGCGCACAGCGUCGUGAAGGACCUGCUCCGGAAGGGCAAGGUGAGGACCAACGUCCUGAACAACGACGGGCACACGGCUUUCGAUCUCGCCGCGGGAUCGACCAACUUCUUCACCAUGGUAAGCCUGGUGGUGACACUGGUCGCCUACGGGGCGCAGCUCCGGCCGCAGAGGCAGGACCACCUGAAGCCGUGGAGGUGGAGCGGCGGCAACGACGCGGCUACGGCGGCGGGGUGGCAGGGGAUAGACAAGACCUCCGACAGCCUCGCCCUAAUAGCCGUGCUCAUUGCCUCCUCCGCGUUCGCCGCAGGGUUCAACCUGCCCGGCGGGUACAACGGCACCACGGGCGAGGCCAUCCUCGCUCGCAAGGUCUUCUUCAAGUGGUUCCUCUGCCUGGACACCGUGGCGGUGGCGACGUCCGUGGUCGCCGUGGUCCUGCUCGUCUACGGCAAGGCGUCGCGCUCGGCGGGCUCGUGGAAGAGCUUUGUGCUGGCGCUGCACUGCAUGUGGGUGUCGCUCGUGAGCCUUUUGCUGGCCUUCUUCGCGGCGCUGACAGCCGUGGUGAGCGCAAGAGAGGCCUUCUUCUACGUGCUGUUGGCGAUCUACACGGCCAUCCAUUUCCUGACCAUGUUCAUCGUCAAGUGGAUCGGGCCUCACACUGGGGUACGCACAGUCUGGAGGUUUCUACGUCAGUACAAGCGAUUGAAAGCACCGCACGUCAUCAAGCGGCAGUAUCCGCUCGCCGGCGCUAUCGUUCUCAACUUGAUUGUGUUUUGGGUUACAAGUUUAUCAGCGUACGUCGUUAUUCUUUUUAUACGUGCAAAGUCCGACAGCGAGCAGGUGCGACUGGCCACCUCACCUGCACCUUCUCCCCUUUAG